AUGGGAGUCUGCUGUCAUAAAGAAUAUUCAAUUAAAAGGCCUCUCGCUUCAUGUUCUGCUACAAAAACGACAAUUGCAAGAGCAUUAAAUGCUGACACCAUUUCAAAGCAUUAUACACUUCUCAGAACUAUUGGAUAUGGAGCAUUUGGAACUGUAAGAGAAGCAACUUUGAUUAAUCCUGGUGAAGCUCCUAUCCUAGAACCUUCUGAGAGGCAUUAUGCAAUUAAAUCAAUCAACAAAAACAAGGUAAAAAAAUAUUUAAAAUCGUUGGAUAGUGAAUUGAGCAUACUUCAUAUGCUGGAUCACCCAAACAUAUGUAAAUUAUAUGAAAUCUAUGAAGAUCAGAUGUACAUUCAUUUGGUAACUGAAUAUUGCCAAGGAGGAGAUCUCUUAUCACUCUAUUUAUAGGAAAAAUAGGUUAUUAAAUAUAAAUUUUUUUGACUAAAGAUUUCUCUAUAUAGCUUUAUAAUAAAAAUUUAUAUUUACCUCAAUAUAUAGCGAACAAAUGUUAUUAUUUUUAAAUGAAGGAGCUAGAAAAUUGGUCAGUUCAUAAAAUCUCAACAGAAGCUGAGCUUGUCAGAAUUAUACAAAAAGUUCUAUUAGCAGUAAAUCACCUACACAACAUGCAUAUUUGCCAUAGAGACAUUAAGCCAGAAAAUAUUCUAUUUUCAAGUGACAGACCGGACUCCGAAAUAAAACUAAUAGACUUCGGGUUUUCCACCAAAUUUUUGGACAAAGAAAUGGACUCAUUUGUAGGAUCUCCAAGAUAUAUGGCUCCAGAAAUCAUUAAAGGAAGCUAUGGGAAGGAAUGCGAUAUUUGGUCGAUUGGGGUGAUGACUUAUUUUUUGCUAAUUGGAAAAUUUCCAUUCCCAGGUAGAUCAUUGCAUGACCAAUUCAAAAAUAUUUUAAAAGGAGAGUUUUGUACCAAUAGUCCUAGCUGGGCUUCUAUAUCUCCAGAAGCCCAGGAUUUUAUUUCAAAAAUGUUAGUUUUAAAUCCUGAUAAUCGCAUUACAGCAACUCAGGCUUUAAACCAUGAUUGAUUUAAAUCAAUAAAUACAAAAUCGCAUACAAUUGAUAAAAAAAUUUUCCAUUCAAUCAAAAAAUAUAAAGAUAAAGGAAAGCUCUGAAAUAUUGCAAUGAAAGUCUUAGUUAGAAAUCUUUCCCAAGACCAAAUAGAUGACUUAAAAACAGCUUUCCACGAACUCGAUAGACAAAGAACAGGAUUUAUCACUGCUGAAGACAUUCAGGCCUGCAUGGAAAAGAGCAAUCUUCAGCUCGCCAAAGAAGAGUUCAAUAGUUUAUUAGAAAAAAUCGAAUUUAUUGGAAAAGGUAAAUUAAACUAUACCCAGUUUCUUAUAGCAGCUGCAGAUAGAAAAAAAAUUAUUGAUGAAGAAAACACAUGGAUGACUUUUAGAUAUUUUGACAUUGACGCUGACGGGAAAAUCAAUAUGAGUGAUUUAAAAAGUGCUAUAGAAAAAGCAGGAUGCUAUAUAUCAGAAACUGAAUAUCGAGAUUUAUUGCAAGAAUUUGAGCUUAAAUUUGACGAAGAUUUAAGCUAUGAGGAUUUUGCAGAUAUUUUGAACUGUAAGUGCUAUUUAGGCUUCACAGAUAUUUCAAGCUCAUUUUGCACAGAAAAUGAUGAAUCAUUGAGAACGCCGAUAAGAAAAUUAAGUACAAGAAGAUUAACUAAUAGACGCUGCUCUAUGGUAGAAGCGAUAAAAAGAGCAAGAAGGAGCACAAUUGACCCAUGCAUCUCUUCUACUCAAAUUAUUUAA